ACGAGUCUGAAAUUUUGUAAACGGGUUGUUCAUGGAGGCUUUCUAUUUCCAAUUUAGGACUCAAAAUCAACUCAGAUCAUGUGUAUGUAUGAUCAUCUCUUUCCCUCCGGUGCAAAUAACAGAUUAGUUUUUCGAUUGAUUCCUUCGCCAGAAAUAAAACUCUGAUUUUCUCAUUCUGAAACUCAUAAACCCUAGCUCUCGCAAUCUUUCUCAUUUUUUCAUUCUCACUGUUCUGUCUUGAACUUGUAGUCAGUCAGAGUAAUCGUGAUCAGUCUACAAUUCUUGAUUGCGCAAUGGGUCGUAGAAGGAUCAAGAUCGAGAAGAUUGGGUGCAAAGAAAAACUUAAUGUAUGCUUUUCGAAGCGAAGGACGGGAUUGUUCAAGAAAGCUAAGAAACUAGAUGAUCUCUCCGGUUCCAAGACUGCGAUCAUCAUCUUCUCUCCCGCUGGUAAAGUUUUCACGUACGGCGAUCCGGUAGUCGACUCCUUAAUCGACCGCUACCUCCUCCUUCAUCACCAUCAACCGCACCGCCUUAACAAAAGCAGUGUAGCCACUGAAGAUGAUAACGGAAAAGUUGAUCUGAACGAUUCUGAAGAUCGGAUGCGAGAAAUCGAAUCUUUGUUGAUGAGAGGCAAGGAGAAUGUAAUGAAACGUGUAUGGGAGCAACAACAGAAAGAGCCUGUUAUACCUAGAUCUUCUUCUUGCUUUCAGGCAGCCUUGCUUCCGAAUGAAUCAUUAGCUGGAAUUUCGUCUUAUUCGUCAAGCUCAUCACUGGAAACUUUUGGCGUUAACGGUUUUGAGAAUCCGGUUCACCUCGAGCAACCUGAAUCAGCGAGCGCAGGUGUUUCAUCUUCUUCUUUGUGGGGGUUUGGCGCAGUAGGUUGUGAAGCUGAACCUGAACGAACCGAGUUAGAAUUCGCAACGGACCCAGUAUUGCAACCCCAUUUGUUCUUUGACAUUGACGAGUUACUGAAGGCCUUCUCUGACCCGCUUACACCAGAAGAACCCACCGAUCUGAACAUUGAUCAUCACCAACAACAGCAGCUUGGCCGAGGAUUUCAGAAUGGCGAAAUCUUGUCUGAAUCGGCCGCAGAGAACCCACUGGAGUUUCCAUCAUAUCAUCGUGCUCUUACUCCACCUUCGCAGUCUUGGGGCGUAAAAAUAUAGCUCUCAGGAAUCUCUUUGAUAUUUGGCCAGUCUCACGAUCGACCUGAUGAAACUCAAUUUAAUUAACGCUGCACGACUGUACUGAUCAACUUGGUUAUAUAAAUGGUAUGCAAAUUUUAUUUUAAUUUCCUUUUCUU